AUGUCGGGCACCAGCACGAAGUAUAACUUUCUCAUCAUCUUCUUUGUUGCCCUAGGAUCUUUCACCUAUGGCUUCAACUCGGCCAUCAGCGGCUCUGUGCUAGGUCUUUCCUCAUUUCUUAAUUACUUCGAUCUCGUCACCAGCGGCCCUGGUGCCAGCAAAAGCAACCAGAUCAUCGGUGCCAACAAUGCCCUCUUUGCAGGUGGUGGUGUCAUCGGUUGCGGCCUAGUCCCCUGGCUGCUGGACCGAUGUGACCGGCGUCUUGCUAUUCAGAUAACUUGUGCCAUCUGUCUGGUGUCGGCGGUCUUGCAGGCCGCAUCCGUUCAUAUUGGGAUGCUCCUUGUUGGCCGUUUCAUCAAUGGCAUCGGAGUUGGCAUGAUUGAUGUGGCUGUUCCCAUUUAUCAAUCCGAAAUUUCUCCUGCCAAGGUCCGAGGACGCAUGGUUGGAUCUCAUGGGUUCCUGGUAGUCGUGGGAUAUGCUAUGGCUGUAUGGGUCGGGUAUGGAUGCUUCUUUAUUACCAAAGAUGCCCUCCAAUGGCGCCUCUGCCUCGCAUUCCAGAUCAUCGCCCCUCUGCUUCUUCUCGCCGGCUCUCCUUGGAUGCCAGAAUCCCCACGAUGGUUGUGCAAGGUUGAUAGGGUCUUGGAAGCCCAAAAGGUUCUCGAGAAGCUGCAUCCUAGUUGCGAGAACCACCCCGAGCGUCACUCAUUCGCCGAGAAUGAACUUCGCCAGAUCAGAAACCAGCUUGAGAUCGAGAGGCUGGAGAAUGCAGCCACCGGUUGGACUGAGGCCUUCUCCCGAGCUUCGUACCGCAAGAGACUCCUCUAUGGCUUCUUUGUUCAAUGCAUCGCUCAGUCAACUGGCGUUCUGGUCGUCAACAACUACCAGAUCCUCCUCUACGAUGGUCUCGGCCUGCGGGGCUCGAUCGCUCUUAUGCUCUACGCAUGCUACAACUCCCUGGCCGCGUUUAUGAACUGGGUCAAUAGUUUGAUCCUGGACCGCUUUGGGCGCAUCAGAAUCAUGGUCGUCGGUCUCGUCGGCUGUUCCCUGUCUCUCUGCGGCUUCACUGCGAUGGUCGCUGAGUUUGUCGGAACCACCAACAAGAUCGGCAACGGCUUUGGUGUCUUCUUUCUCUACCUCUUUGUCUUCUUCUACGGAGGCACCAUGGAUGCAUCAUCUUACGUGUACUGUGCCGAGAUCUUCCCUACCUCGAUCCGUGCCCAGGGAGUCGGAUUCAGUGUGGCUGGUCUGUUCAUCAUGACUUUGGUCUACACCCAGACCGCCCCCACCGCAUUCGAGAACGUCGGUUGGAAGCACUACCUUGUAUUCAUCAUAAUUCCAUGGAUUGGUGCUUUCGUCAUGCAGCGAUACUUCCCCGAAACCUCGGGACUGUCCCUCGAGGAUAUUGCUGUCCUUUUUGGCGACGAGGCAGCCGUGAACGAGAACAACGGCUCGACAAACAAGUCGAGUGAGGGAUCUACUAUGCAGGAGGGAGCCGAAAAGGGAGAGACGGGCCACAAGAAUAUUUAUUCUGAGCAUACCGAGGUUGCCUAG